GGCCUUUGGUUGGGCAGAACGAUAUGGCUAAGCAUAGCCUCAAGCUCCCGAUAGACGCUUGUUUGAGGUACAUUCCAGAGAAGCACAGCCUUGUGGGUGCAGGUAUUGGUACCGUGAAGAAAAUGUGUGAUCUUGCUAGGAUUAUAGCAGUCUUCAACAGGGGGAAUAACGGUUGCCUGAAAUUGUUAUAUAACUUGCCUCUCCUCUAUCGACCUUCCAAUGAAGCAGAUUGUUCUGAAGUCAACACUUCUUCUCUUCUAGCUCAUAAGAGACACUGACUCGUUGUUCGUCUCUCUAUCGCAAUCAUGGCCGUCAACUACCGACAUGGUCUCUCCAUUCUGGAAUUGAUCGUAUACUUCCCGUCCCUAUUCAUCUCGUUGUACAUGGGCUUCCGCCACGGCUUCCAGAGAAACGCUGGCUGGGUUCUCUUGAUAAUCUUCUCCUUGGCCCGCAUUGUUGGUUCGUGCUGCUACCUGGCCACGAUAGCCCACCCUGAGACCAUCGACCUUUAUAUCGCAUGGGGAGUUUGCACUUCCAUCGGACUUGCCCCUCUGAUUUCCACGUGCAUCGGUCUCUUGUCCCGAGUUAACGAUUCCAUUCAACGAAAAAGCGGACGCGGCCUCCUUCCAGCCUUCUUCAGAUUAGUCGGUCUCCUCACACUGGCGGGCAUGGUUCUUUGUAUUGUUGGUGCAAGCAACAGCUCGAGCCUUCAGGGAAUCACGAACAGUACAGAAGCCAAAGUUGGCGACGUUCUAUACGUCAUCGCAUGGGCCUGUCUCUGUGCCCUGCUACUCGUCGUCGGAAGCAAGUAUGGAAGCAUUGAGGAUGGCGAACAUCGCUUGGUUUUGGCAGUCGGAAUCUCAGUUCCGUUGCUUCUCGUGCGCCUCAUAUACUCCCUGUUGUCGGUAUUCACGCACAACCCCACGUUCAGCAUGUUGACCGGAAACGUCACUGUCUUCCUGGUCAUGGCUGUUCUGGAGGAGAUCGUGAUUGUUGGGAUCUGUCUGGGAGUUGGGAUGACUCUAGAAGUCCGUCAACGCACGACAGAGUAUGAGGCCUGCGAGGCACCGGCUCAGGGAGGUCCUGAGCUCGAGUCUCAACAGAGACCUGAGAUGAUGUCGUACAACUCCGGAAAACAAGAACGGAGGAGAAGAAAGAGACGUGGUGGACCUAUUAGCCAGCUCAUCGGAUUGGCCAUCGAUGCGACCAGAUCUAGGAAGCAGUGAGGUCUCAGUUGUACUGAGCAUUGCUGUUAAUGAUAUGUAUCUAAGUCGGG